GUCGCAACGCAGCGCUUCGACUGCCGCUCAACCAUCAUCAACCAUGUCCGCCGCCGCAUCAAUCGCCGCCGUCUCAAUUUCGAAUUCCCAUUCUUCCAAUGCUUCGGUUCUAGCCCAGACCAAGCAAACCUCCUCCUAUCGGCUUUUACUCGAUGAGAAGAGGAAGAGCAGAUUCUUACCUGCGAUUGAGGUCAAGAGGAUCGGCGGUGGAAGAACUAUCUCUCUACGCGAAAGGAGAGGGAUCGAGAUCACGGCGAAGACCGCCGGAGCGUCGAAGAACAUCGAGGUUGAAGUAGACAAGCCCCUUGGUCUAACCCUAGGGCAGAAAUCUGGUGGCGGGGUUGUCAUCACUGCUGUUGAUAGCGGUGGGAAUGCAGCGAAGGCUGGGCUCAAGUCUGGAGAUCAGGUUUUGUACACAAGCAGUUUCUUUGGUGAUGAACUUUGGCCUGCAGAUAAGCUGGGAUUCACCAAAACAGCUAUCCAAGCAAAGCCUGACUCUGUUUACUUUGUUGUGAGCAGAGGUGCAGAGGUAGAUGUUAAGCGAUUGCCUAAGAGACCAGCACCACCUAGAUUUGGCAGGACCUUAACAGAAUCUCAAAAGACUAGAGCAACUCACAUAUGCUUAGACUGUGGAUUCAUCUACACUCUGUCAAAACCUUUUGAUGAGCAGGCGGAUUCGUAUGUGUGCCCUCAGUGCAGAGCACCUAAGAAGCGUUUUGUGCGCUACGAUGUGAACAGUGGGAAGCCAAUUGGGGGCGGUCUGCCGCCGGUUGGUGUGAUUUUUGGUCUGGUUUUGGGGAUUGGAGGGGUUGCAGCUUUACUUGUAUAUGGCCUCCAAUAGAUCCAUAUGACGAAAUUUUUAUUUGUAGACAUUCUUCACAACUGCAGAUGUUCAACUUCCAUGAGCUUGCUUUGUCUUCUUCGCUCUUGUCCUUGGAUGUUUUUAUAUUAGCUUGCUUUCACAAGUUCUAUUAUUAAUUGUAAUUGUAAUGAAGUUGCUGUUAAGCUAUGAAGCUUAGUUAAUAUUUUACAUAUAAAAAGGAAAAGUCUAUAGAUAGUA